AUGGAUUCAACAACAAUAAUAACAACAACAACAACAGCGAUCAAAUGUAAAAUUACAUGGAUCAAUCAUUGUAUACCAUCGAUUGCUAGAUACUUUGGUGUUACUCGUUCAAAACAUGUCAUACUAUUAGAACAUGAUGUAUUGGAAGAAGAAGAAGAUAAUCAACAAGAUACAUUAAAAAAGAGAAAGAGAGAUCAUCAAUUUAACAACAACAACAACAACAACAAUCAUGAUACAAACAAGAUGAUAUUAGAUAAUAAUGAUAAUCUUCCUCUUCCUCUUCUUGUUCCCCAUCCUCUAACAACAUUCAAUAAUACAAUAGAACACCAACAAUCAUCUAAUACUUUAUCAAUUAGAUUUAAAAGUUUAAUUGGGUCACCAUUCAUUAAACAUUGUAUCUUUAAUCAUAUAAAAGAAAUGACCAAGAUUGAUAAAGAGACGAAACAAUGUAAAUCAAGUAAAGGAGAAGAUAUCUUAAAGUUGGUUCAUUUUGGAAUGGUAUCACAAUAUGCAAUGCCAUGGAACUUUAUCAAACAUUAUCUACCCGACAAGGAUAAUGUAUUGUUGAAAAGAAGGAUGUAUAUUAUUAGUAAAUAUUGUACACACCCAAAUGCAACAUUGGAUACACUAUUACAUCUAUUGGAAUGGUCACCUGAAUAUGAUCCUCAAGAUCAAUAUGAAAAUUGUCAUCAACGAUUAAUUUAUGAUGUUGCAAUCCAAGGAAAUAGAGAUAUAUUGGAAUUUCUUUUAAAAAGAUAUCCAAAUACUAUUAUCAAUCCACAUGGAUAUAAAUUAGAAUCAAUCAUUGAUACUGCAAAGGGUACAACUAAAGCUUUGGAUAUAGCCGCCGAGAAAGGAUAUUUAGAUAUUUUUUUACAUUUUAAUCGUACAGAAGGGUGCACAAUUAAAGCUAUGGAUAAUGCUGCAUUUGCAGGCAAUAUUGAUAUUGUUAAAUUUUUACAUUAUAAUCGCAGUGAAGGAUGUACCACUAAUGCAAUGGACUAUUCACUGCUGAAUGACGAUGUUAGUGAUUUUGAAGUGUUAAAGUUUCUACAUUAUAAUCGUACAGAGGGAUGUAAAACUGAUGCAAUGGAUAAUGCUGCCGUGAAAAGAAAAUUUGAAGCUUUAAAGUUUUUACAUUAUAAUCGUACAGAGGGUUGUAGUUUAAUGGCAAUGAAUUGGGUUGCUUCUCAAGGUGAUCUAGAAAUGCUCAAAGUAUGUGAUAAAAGGGAAAUAAUCAACCAACCUUUUUUUUUUUUUGUAUUUAUGUCAAUCGUUGAAUUCCUCCACAAACAUCGCACCGAAGGAUGUUCAGAAAUUCCCAUACAAGUACAAAAUAGUGGACUCUUUAACUACGAGUGUUGCAAAUACUUGGUAUCCAACAAAAUAGUACUUCAAAAUUUUGAAAUAGAUAACAUGAAAAUGUGUUCUAGAGAUGCACACGAGUUUUAUGAAAUCGUCGAACUUGUCAAUCAACACUAUCUAUAA